AUGGCAGCCCCUUCCUAUGAGAACACCCCCGUGCGGAGCCACACCGACGCCAGCUUCAGCAGGCCCACCUUCCUACCCACAGGAGCCGCCCACUUCGAGAACAGCCCCGACCUCAACCUCGACGCCGUCCUGAGUCUUCUCGAGUCGGGCGACCCCGACUUCGACAUCGACAUGGACACACUGCGCUCGCUCUACGACAAGGAAGGCAUCCCAUACGAGGAUGACGGGCCGUCAUCCUCAGCUGCAGCAGCCAACGCCCACCCACCACCACAGCGCCCCGCCCCCGCCUCACCCCCUGCAGAAGAGCCACCAUCACAGACAGCAGAGCCCCCGACACACCCAGCCACUCCCUUGGACGGCCAGCCAGCGGCUUCCAGCAACGCGAGAGACCCCCUGACCAUCGGCAGGCUGGCCAUCUGGGAGAGGGGGCGGGAGGGGGAGCACGACAUCCUGAGGGGGAGACGACACCGGCUGCUGACGGGUACGGAGGAGUCAGAGUACGAGGCCACGGUCACCUCUCUGAGCAGCGACCGUGCGAGCUCCACAAGCGAGGAGACCGCCAAGCACUGCUGGGUGGCUGGGGGUGAAGGUGACGGUGGUGGUGAUGGUGAUAGUGAUGGUGAGCCACCAGGUUCUCUCCCGCCGCCCAUCGGCAUCAUGGCAGAUGAGCCGCUCAGCCCGGCAUCACGAUUGAGGUACGCGUGUGUGUGUGUGUGUGAACGAGAGAGGAGAAGAGCAUAGAGGUGGCUGGACCGGAUGAUCGAUCGUGGCCGUGUGUGGCGUGCUGUACUGUGGUGUGUGUAGGGUGAUAGAGGAGGCGUACUUCAUCUACUGCCGGACGGGCAUUGAGGACGCCGUCGCCAACUACAUGGACGUGAGUGAGGGAGUGCGGGCCACAUAUUAGAUGCCAAAACGAGACGACAAUGAGGCCAUAUAUCCGCUUGGGUAUCUAUGUAUGUGUUCGUUCAGGCUCUGCAUGUGGAGCGAGCGCGUCGGGGGGUCCGUGUCCGACCACACAAACGCUUCACAGAGAGGUGUGUGGGGACGCCACACGAAGACAAGACGGCUGGCUGCAGUCUGUCUUCCUUCCAUCCAUUCCCUCUCUCUCUGUCCAUGGCUGCACUGCACUGCAUGUGUGUGUCCACAGGGUGCUUGAGCGUGCCUACAUGACCUACAUCCGCACGGGCAGCCAAGACGCCCUCGCAAACUACUAUGAGGUAAAUCAACCCGCCGACCGAACAGACAGACACCCCCCCCUUCCGCCCUACACAUUCCCUUCUGCAUCACUCACUCUCCCUGUGCAGGCCUUGCGGCAGGAGCCGCCCUCGCCCGUGCCAGUGUCGAUCCCGCCGUCUCUGGUGGUGGCUGAGAGGGCGGGGGACGGGCGCGACGACCCUGAGACGACACCCGAGCCCCCGCAGCACACCACACUGCUCUACCUGCCUCUAUACAUACCCACCAUUGAAGUCUUCGAACAAAGGUGGGUGGGCGACCAGACGGAGGGGAGAGAAGGGUGAGGGAGGUGUCUGUCCAUUGCAUUGCGGUCGGUGUCUUCCUUGCUCAGGGUGCUGGAGCGUGCGUACUUUCGGUGGCUCGACACGCGGUGUCAGGACGCCCUGCACAACUACUGCGAGGUCAGUCAGCUUGUGUAUGCACCGACCGCACCGACUGAUGCCGACCUCCCAGCACUCAGUCACUCACAUCCACCCGAAGCUUGCUUCCAUGUUGUUUGGUGUGUAGGCGUUCUCGCGUGAGGUGUGGCUGCUGGUUGACUCGUUAAGGAGUUUCGACCCGCUGGCCUUCGGCGACCACCUGUUGGACUACGACAACGACCCCAUCCAGCUCACGCCAGAGCGGAUCUCCGACUUCAAAAACAGGUGAGCUGCAUCGAUGCGCUGUCCGGCGUGUGGAGGCAUGGCAUGGUGAUGGUGUUUGUAUAGGGUCGUGACGCGCGCAUACUUUUUGUGGUUGGACACGAUGGUUGACGACCAGUUCUACAACCAUGCCUUGGUACGACAGCUUGCAACGACCACCACCCCACACGAGCUGGUUGAUCCACCUUUGGCUCGUGUGUGUGUGCAGGCCUUCCGAAAGGAGCUUGGCAUCCUCGUAGAGCACGCCGUCCAGGCACAAUGAGGGAGGGGAUCGCCACGUGAUCCACAUGACAUCCAUCGGUGAAUGCCUCCCUUUUGUGGCCCGUCGCAUGGCGUCCCUCCCUCCCUCCCUCCCUCUAGUACCGCCGAUCCGAUUGUUUUGUCACAGUCUUGAUUGAUUCUUUUGUCCUUCGUCCCUCCCUCCCUCCCUCCCUCCGUCCUUGCGCGUGGUGCGUGUUAUGUCGUGUUGUGCUGUGUCGUGGUGUGAUAAUCUAAAGGCGCCUCCUUUUGUUCGUCUGCGUGAGAUUUUGCCGGUGUUCCGCAAUGUACAGGUAGGCCUGCAGCCGGGGUGGACCGAGCAAGCAUCAGUAUCAGUGCAGAUGAUGGACCGAUUUGGGGGCGGGGCGGAGCGGAGGGGAGGGGAAAGGGGGCAAAUUUUGACUAUGUGGGGUUCGGAGGGGUGGGUUGUCUUGUGAGUGUGUGGGUGUUUUUUGUUAGCCAGCCAGCCACCCGGCUGGCGACAGAGAGACGAGAAGAUACAAGACUGCAUGAAGGAGAGCACAUCACAUCACAUCACAUCCAUCCAUCCCAUCUGCCUCGGUGUGUGUCGGUGUGGUGUACCCUACGCUGGUGAGUGCAGUGCGUCCUCUCCUUCGUAAUUUUAUAGGUUUGUUUUUUCUCUCUCUCUCCCUUGCUAUCCAUCUGGCUGGGCUGGCUGGCCGAUGGAUGGAUGGAUGGAUCCACAAGAAUUGAUGUCAUGUCAGGCAGACAGACAGGCAGGGAGUGACGGACGGAGGGAGGGAGGCCGUGUGUCUGUCUGUCUGUCUGUCAGUCUGUUUGUGCAGUCAUUCCAUUCAUAUUGAUAUUUAUUAUGCUUACAGUGCGCGCGUGAGGGUGCUCUGUAUUUUAAGCCGUUAAUGGCGGAGGGAGGGAGGGAGGGAGGAUGUUGCUGGCCGCUUUUGUCCGGGGGUGUGGUGUGGUGUGGUUUUGUGUAUUGUGUGUUGUGUGUUGUGUACAGGGGAACUAGGUAGCUCUAACUAACUAACUCAGGUCGCUUGCUAUGCCUCCCCUCCCUCCCUACCCGGCCCGGCUUGCAUCCCACCCCCCGGGGCGGAUCGAUUCGACUGAUGCGAGCCUCUUUUUUACCGAUAUGUACUUAGGUGAGUACAUAUGUUCUGUUAUGUGUACCAUGGCUUGUCAUGCCUGGGAUGGGCGGGUCAACGGAUCGAUGGAUGCGAUGGAGGGAGGCAUCGCAUGCAUGGGUUUCAGUUUGGCUCUUUUGAUGGACGGAUGGAUGGAUCGACGGACGGAUCGAUGGAUGCGUGUGAGCGUGUAGAUGUAUGUGGCUGAUACGCGGACAGCCAGCCACACAUACUAUCCGUGUGUUUGUUGUGUGUCUGGGAUGUGUGUGUAAGAGGGAGGGAGCGGAGCAGCUGUUUUUGGCCGGGGUGGUGCGGGGUGGUGUGGUGUGGUGUGGUGCUGCUUUGGUGCUGGUGGUUGGGCUUUUGUAAGCUGCCUGCCUGCCUGAAUGCCUGCUGUCUGAAAUCUGUAAGCUAAGCUGUGCUGUGCUGCGGCAUAUCUGUCUUUCUGUCUGUCUGAUACCCACUACUAUCUAGCGGAUGCAUCCCCGUACCAUGUCGUGACUGCUUGGUGUCGAGUGUGUGAGAUGUACGGUGCGUGGUCGGCUGCCCAGAGCUCGAGGGGACAGCCACCGUAAGUCGACUUGCCAUGAAAUGCAUUUCACCCGCCAGCCGCCCGCCCGUCAGUGAGUCAGUGUUGCUGUUGUUGUGCUAGUAUUUGUCUGCGUGGAAGUGUCCGUCCGUCCGUGUGUGUCUGCCUGUCUGCCUGUCCUGUGUCGCUCGUCUCGCGUCGUCUCGUCGCGUCCUCGUCUCGUCUCGCCUCGUCUUGCCUUGCCCAGCUUUUUCAGAUCGGACGAUCGAUGGAUGGUACAGUAGUGCGUGUCGCCUUGGUUGUCGUGUGGUCGUCUCACCACAAAUCCGAGCGGAGAGAAGGAAGGGAGAGUUUGAGGGAUGACGAGAGACUAGGAGAAGAUGACGUGAUGUGACGAUUUGCCGAUGUCGGUUGUCCUCGUGUCAGCAAUGUCCUUUCGCUGCUCUCUUGCUCGACAAGAUGCCGCUGUCGCACCUGCCAGUGAUAUCUUCACGUGCAUGAGGUCAGCGGAAGGGCAUUCUGACCCGUGCCGACCGCUAAAGAGAGAAGAGGAGAAAGACGCCUGCCAGAUUUCUCGGUUCAUCUGGUUGACGCGUCUUGUGUGGUGCGGUGGUGCAAUGGUGUGGUGCCGUGUGUCUAUCUUUCACGACCGCUUCGCUGGCCGUGGGUGAAACGGAGAUGGGCAUCACUGCAAUGCCCACCUCUCUUUAGGCUUCGGUCAUCGAAGCGAUCGUGAACGGGACAUGGCAUCGGUGGCCUCGAGUUCGGUGUGGAAUGGUCCUCAAUGGAACUUGACACAGACGCGCACUUCACUACACACGCGACCCGUCUGUCUGUCUGCCUGCCUGUCUGUCUGUCUGGAUCUGUGUGUGUGUGUACGUGUUGUGUACGAGCCUCUUGCACCAUCGGAGGUCUGUAUUUUUCUUCGUGUGUGUAUCGUAUCCAUCCAUUUCAUCACUCACUCACUCAUUCACUCCAUCAUUACCACCGUGUCCGUGUACAUAGCUAACUGCCUGCCUGCCUGCUUGUCUACCAUACGCCUGAGUGCUCUUCCUCACGCCUACCAUGGCUACACCACUCUGUCUCUCGUCGCUUCAUGCCAUGUCAUCCCAUGCCACACCUGUCUGCCUAUCUGUUCGUCUGUCUGGCUGUUUGUCGGUUGCUGCGUAUCGCCUGUCGGCCUGACCGUUGUGUGCGCCUGUUUCAGCAGAGACGGCAAGUGUAUCUCUUCCCUUCCCCGCGUCUGUCUGUCAUGCUGGAUCGUGCCCGUCAUCCCUCCCACGUCCGAUAGAUACGUACACAUUUCCAUGCCCCGAUGGCUCUCUCAUCUCAAUGCCCCUUGAUCUGUCUUGUCUGCCUGUGCGUCUGAGUGUACGUGUGUGCGAUUUUGGGCGUGCCACUCCAUCCACAGACCAUGCAUCCACACUUCGACAGCACUCAGACGCUGCAUGCGCACCAUGAGAAUUAACCAACACCGGUCACC